GUAUAGAGUGUCGAUCACGUGGUGCGACACGACUUCCGUUUCAAGUCUUUUGAGAUAAAGUGGCGAAAGAGUGGAGUCGUGUCCCAAACCGGCGUCAAAUAUGUCAUCAAAUAGACUAUACACGUAUGACAACAACUGGCGUGCAUUCAAAGCACUCAUUGCCAGUCAAUACAGUGGAGUGGCUGUCGAUGUGGUGAAGGACUUCCAGUUGGGAGAGACCAACACACGGCCCGAC